UUAGAGUUUAGAACCCUCAUUCUAUCUCUCUCUUCGAGAGUGUUCACUGCUAUUGAGCUAAAAAUUGUAGAACAGAGCGAAACUAAAGAGAGAUGAAAAUAGGAAGAAGAAAAUCAGGCGGCGGCGGGGGCGGAGGCGGUGGAGGAGGAGGAGGUAGGUCACCGUCGAUAUUCGAACGAAUCCUCCGCCGUCGCAUCGAAGAAUACCGCCGUAGCAACAAUUACACCGCCGUCGAUCAACUCGUUGAUUACCUUCGCUCAACUUUCCCAGAGUACGGGCGCCACAAGCUCCAACCCUUCACCAGACACGUCCAAAAAACCCUACUGCUCGUCAACACCGCUAAAUCGAAGAGCAAUCGUGACCGUCCAUCCACUUCGAACAUCAACGAUGAUGAUGACGACGGUGGCAGUGGUUAUACCUCCACUACAUUCGUGAGCCCGGCCCGUAAGAAAAUGAAGAGAGUUGACAAAAAUGAAGAGAGAUUGCAGCGUAUGGAGGUCCAACACAUUCGUAGGAAGCAAAAAGAUCUUUCUACGUCGUCGUUUUCAGAUUCCACAUCUUCGGCAUCGUCCGGAGAGGAAGAAGAAGCGAACGGUGCCGUUUCGACAUCGGAGGAUGCGGUUUAUGGAGAGAAAUUCGAGCCGGAGUUCGAUUUGAUGAAGUCUAUGCUUCGGGCGCGUUACAGUGAACCAAAGAACGCUAUAGAAUCAAAACCUGAAAAGAAUGUUGAAUUGGAGGUUGUUAAUAACAACAAGGGAACUAAUAAGGUUGAUUUGAUGAAAGUAGAUAAAAUUGAAGCUAAAAGGUUUGGGGAUGGUGGGGCUGAAGUGAAGGAGGAGAAGGACGCGCCGAGGUUUAGGGACCUAGGAGGGAUGAGUGGGGUGGUUGAGGAGUUGAAGAUGGAGGUGAUUGUUCCUCUUUACCAUCCGCAAUUGCCACAGUGGCUUGGAGUAAGGCCAAUGGCCGGGAUUUUGUUGCAUGGACCGCCAGGGUGUGGAAAGACGAAGCUGGCUCAUGCAAUUGCGAAUGAGACUGGAGUUCCGUUUUAUAAGAUUUCGGCUACUGAAUUGGUGUCUGGAAUUUCAGGUGCAUCAGAAGAGAACAUCCGGGAGUUGUUCUCGAAAGCAUACAGGACAGCUCCAUCUAUUGUGUUUAUUGACGAGAUUGAUGCGAUUGCUUCUAAACGAGAAAAUCUGCAGAGGGAGAUGGAGCGACGGAUUGUGACACAAUUGAUGACUUGCAUGGAUGAAUCACAUAGACUUGCACAACCAGCUGUUGUAGAUGGAAAUCUUGGGAGUUCUGAUUGCAGACCUGGCUAUGUCCUAGUUAUUGGAGCUACCAAUAGGCCUGAUGCUGUGGACCCUGCAUUAAGGAGGCCUGGGCGAUUUGAUCGUGAGAUUGUUUUAGGUGUUCCAGACGAAAAUGCAAGGGUUGAGAUUCUUUCUGUCCUAACCAGCAAUCUUAAAGUUGAAGGUUCUUUUGAUCUUGUGAAAAUAGCUAGAUCCACCCCAGGUUUUGUUGGAGCUGACUUGGCAGCACUAGCUAACAAGGCUGGUAACCUUGCUAUGAAGAGAAUUAUAGACCAGAGGAAGUUUGAACUUUCUAGAGAAUUUGUAGAUGGGGAACAUAGCGAAGAAUGGUGGAAGCAUCCAUGGUCAUCUGAGGAGAUGGAAAAGCUUCGCAUUACUAUGGCUGAUUUUGAGGAAGCAGCUAAAAUGGUUCAACCCUCUUCUAGAAGAGAAGGGUUCUCUGCUGUUCCGAAUGUAAAAUGGGAAGAUGUUGGAGGUCUUGAGUUCUUGAGGCAGGAGUUUGACCGAUACAUUGUUAGGCGCAUAAAGUUUCCAGAAGAUUAUGAGGUUAUUCUACUUACUAAUGUCAUGUAUAAUAUGAAUGUCAAGGUAGUAUUAAGGGGAUAUGAAAAGAAUGGACGGGUGUUGUGA